AUAUAUCCUGUUAUUCUCUACGAAAAUUUUUAUUUAUUGGCAAAGAGACGAAGAAAUAGAUUCAUCAUUCCAUUACAAUUGAUUCCAGAACGAGAAAAAGGGCUAAUGCCUCUUUCCGGUGUUUCGAUUGAAAUACCCGGAAAUGGUAUUUUUCGUAAAAAAAGUAUUCUUGCUUAUUUUGAUGAUCUUCAAUACAGAAGAAAGAAUUCAGGCAUUACGAAAUAUGGGACUACAGGGGGGCAUUCCAUCCUCAAAAAUGAGGAUUUGAUUGAGUAUCGAGGAGUCAAAGAAUUGAAGCCAAAAUACCAAAUGAAAAUAGAUCGAUUUUUUUUCAUUCCCGAGGAAGUACAUAUUUUGCCAGAAUCUUCUUCCAUAAUGGUACAGAACAAUAGUCUCAUUGGACUAGAUACACGAAUCACUUUAAAUACAAGAAGCCGAGCGGGCGGAUUGGUCCGAGUGGAGAGAAAAAAAAAAUGGAUUGAACUUAAAAUCUUUUCUGGAGAUAUCCAUUUUCCUGGAGAGAUGGAUAAGAUAUCCCGACACAAUGAUAUCUUGCUCCCGCUUGGAGCGGCAAAAAAAAAUGCUAAGGAAUCAAAAAAAAAAUUGAAAAAUUGGAUCUAUGUCCAAUGGAUCCCACCUAACAAGAAAAAGUAUUUUGUUUUGGCUCGACCCGUAAUCAUAUAUGAGAUAGCGGACGGUAUAAAUUUAGUAACACUUUUCUCCCAGGAUCUGUUGCACGAAAGGGAUAAUAUGGAACUUAGAAUUGUCAAUUAUAUCCUUUAUGGCAAUGGCAAACCAAUUCGGGGAAUUUAUGGAACAAGUAUUCAAUUAGUUCGGACUUGUUUAUUGUUGAAUUGGAAACAAGACAAAAAAAGUUCUUCUGUCGAAGAGGCCCACGCUUCUUUUGUUGAAGUAAAUACAAAUGGUAUGAGUCGAGAUUUCCUGCGAAUCGAUUUAGUGAAAUCCCAUAUUUCGUAUAUCAGAAAAAGGAAAGAUCCGUCAGGUUCAGGAUUGAUCUUUGAUAAGAGGCCAGACCGCACCAGUAUCAAUCCAUUUUAUUCUAUUUCUUCCAAGGCAGGGAUUCAACAAUCACUUAGCCAAAAUCAAGUAACUAUUCGUACGUUGUUGAAGAGGAAUAAGGAAUGCCAAUCUUUUAUAAUUUUGUCAUCAUCUAAUUGUUUUCAAAUGGGUCCAUUCAACGAUGUAAAAUAUUACAAUGAUGUAAUAAAAAAAGAAUCAAUGAAAAGAGAUAGUCUAAUUCCAAUUAGGAAUUCCUUGGGACCUUUAGGAUUAGGAAGAACCCCUCAAAUUGCGCAUUUUUAUUCAUUUUACCAUUUAAUAACUUAUAAUCAGAUCUCGGUAACUAAAUAUUUACAACUUGACAAUUUCAAACAGACUUUUCAAGUGCUUAAAUAUUAUUUAAUGGAUGAAAAUGGUAGGGUUUCUAUUUAUAAUAAUCCCGAUCCACGCGGUAACAUCGUUUUGAAUCCAUUCAAUUUGAAUUGGAAUUUUCUCCAUCAUAAUUAUUGUGAAGAAGCGUCUAGAAUAAUUAGCCUUGGGCAGUUUAUUUGUGAAAAUUUAUGUAUAGCCAAAAACGGACCGCACUUAAAAUCGGGUCAAGUUCUAAUUGUUCAAAUUGACUCUGUAGUAAUAAGAUCAGCUAAAGCUUAUUUGGCCACUCCGGGAGCAACCGUUCAUGGCCAUUAUGGAGAAAUCCUUUACGAAGGAGAUACAUUAGUUACAUUUAUAUAUGAAAAAUCGAGAUCUAGGGAUAUAACGCAAGGUCUUCCAAAAGUGGAACAAGUGUUAGAAGUGCGUUCGAUUGAUUCAAUAUCGAUGAACCUAGAAAAGAGAAUUGAGGGUUGGAACAAGAGUAUAACAAAAAUUAUUGGAAUUCCUUGGAGAUUCUUGAUUGGUGCUGAGCUAACUAUAGUGCAAGGGCGUAUCUCUUUGGUUAAUAAGAUCCAAAAAGUUUAUAGAUCUCAGGGGGUGCAGAUUCAUAAUCGACAUAUAGAAAUUAUUGUGCGUCAAAUAACAUCAAAAGUGUUGGUUUCAGAAGAGGGAAUGUCUAAUGUUUUUUCACCCGGAGAACUGAUUGAAUUGUUGCGGGCGGAACGAACAGGGCGCGCUUUGGAAGAAGCGAUCUGUUACCGAGCUAUCUUAUUGGGAAUAACGAAAGCAUCUCUAAAUCAUAAUAGAGAAGUAAAGGUUGUAAUAUAA